UGUCAUUUUUCUCCCUAACCUCAUGAUUUAAUUUGGUGCCCUUAAACCCUUAUCUCUUCUCCUCCACACGAAUUUUCAACUUCAUAUCUCAAACUGUCGGUUUGUUGAAAAAGGGGAGAAUUCAUACAUACACAAAAACAGAAAGUAGCAACCAUUCCAUACUUUCUGUUGCCUCAUUCUAAAGCCAUUUCUCAGAUAUUUCAUCUUCAACAUCAACUAAAAAGUUUAUACAUCAGAUCAUGGAAAGAGGAAAACAAAUUGACGGAGAAAGAGAGAAAGGGGAAUUAGCAAACUUUGAGGUGAAGGGAAAUCAAGUGAGCUAUGAUCAAGCGGACUCAAUAUUGGUAGAGCCAUGGGGAGGCACUGGUGGAUCAAAAUGGUAUUACAAGGUGAAAAGUCCCAUUAAAGAAAUAUUGAUUACUCAUGGAGAUUGUAUAGAAUCCAUCAUGUUCAGGACCGUUACUGAACAAGGUACUACCAUAGACUCACCAAAGUUUGGUGGGGAUAGAGGUCGAAGAGACAAGGUUGUUAUUGAGGCAACUUCAUUGGAAUAUUUAACAGGCAUCAAGGAGACAUUUGGACGUUGUGGUAGCUAUUUGGUUAUAAAAUCUCUAUGUUUUGUAACUAAUGCAAGGAAUUAUGGACCAUUUGGGUCUGAGAUUGGAACCCCAUUUUCACUUGUGAUGAAAGAAGGUUGAGCUAUUGUGGGAUUUCACGGGCGUUGUGGAGCGUACCUUGAUGCUAUUGGUGUUUAUUUGCAGAAACUUGCUCCUCCCACUUUAUCAAAGGAACUUGAAGCUAAAAACAUUGAGCCAAAUGAACCUAUGGUUGAAGAAAUUGAAAUCCAUGACCUAUGUUGUGAUUAUUCCCUCGUUUGCUUAAGCACAUCUACUUCUUGAAUUUUCUUCACCUCAUACUUACACACAAGCACAUAUCCCUUUCAUAAAACUAAUGACUUAAUUGACUCUUCUAGCACCUUAAACAGAAUAAUAACUUUAAAAAAGGGAUGAUCAAAAUCAGGUGAUCAUAAGAAAUAUUAAGAGAAAGGGAAAAUAACAAAAAAUCAAAGCAAAUCGCCAACAAUGGUACCUUGCCUUUUCUUCCUUUACAUGAUAUUGUAUCUAUAUUCAUUCUAUUUCCUUUUGACUGCAAAAUAAUGCUACCAAUAUAGGGAUAAAAAAUUGAUAAUGGAGCCAUUGAUUUAAUUUGCUAUAUAUGUGAAGGGAAAUCAAGUGAGUUUUGAUCAAGCAAACUCAAUAUUGGUGGAGGCAUGGAGGGCAAUACUGGUGGAUCAGAAUGGAAUUACAAGCUGAAAAGUCACAUUAAAGAAAUAUUGAUUGCUCAUGGAGAUGUUAUAGACUCCAUCCUGUUAAGAACCAUUACUGAACAAGGUACUACCAUAGACUCACCAAUGUUUGGCAGGAAUGGAGGUAGAAGAGACAAGGUUGUCAUUAAGGCGCCUCCAUUGGAAUAUUUAACAGGCAUCAAGGGGACAUUUAGACGUUAUGGUAGCCAUUUGGUUAUAAACUCUCUAUGUUUUAUAACUAAUGCAAAGAAUUAUGGACCAUUUGGGUCUGAGGCUGGUGGAACCCCAUUUUCAUUUGUGAUGAAAGAAGUUGGAGCUAUUGAGGGAUUUCACGGGCGUUGUGGAGCGUACCUUGAUGCUAUUGGUAUUUAUUUGCAGAAACUUACUCCCCCUGCUUCAGCAAAGGAACCUGAAGAUAAAACAAUUGAGCCAAAUGAACCUAUGGUUGAAGAAAUAAUUGAAACCCAUGAUGGAUCAGGAUCGGGUGAUCAUAAGAAAGGGAAAAUAACAAAAAAUGAAAGCAAAUCGCCAACAAUGGGAAAUCAAGUGAGUUACGAUCAAGCAGACUCAAUAUUGGUGGAGCCAUGGCGAGGCAAUAUUGGUGGAUCAGAAUGGAAUUACAAGCUGAAAAGUCCCAUUAAAGAAAUAUUGAUUGGUCAUGGAGAUUUUAUAGACUCCAUCAUUUUCAGAACCAUUACUGAACAAGGUACUACCAUAGACUCACCAAAGUUUGGUGGGAAUGGAGGUCGAAUAGACAAGGUUGUCAUUGAGGCGACUUCAUUGGAAUAUUUAACAGGCAUCAAGGGGACAUUUGGAUGUUAUGGUAGCCAUUCGGUUAUAAAGAUUCUAUGUUUUAUAACUAAUUCCAAGAAUUAUGGACCAUUUGGGUCUGAGGCUGGUGGAACCCCAUUUUCAUUUGUGUUGAAAGGUGUAGCUAUUGUGGGAUUUCACGGGUGUUCUGGAGUGCUCCUUGAAGCUAUUGGUGUUUAUUUGCAGAAACUUAUGGUUGAAGAAAUUGAAAGCCGUGACGUGUCAUUUUCUGCUCUUCGCAAGGACAUUGUCAAUGUUCUGGAUUUCAUAGAGAGCUUAAAGAAUGAAGAAUAUCAAAAAGCUGUUGACGUGGAUCUAAUUGAAAAGCUGAAAUUGGAGCUGGCAUUUUUCUGUAUAUAUGUACAGCUUUCUUAUUCCGGUCUGCAAAAGUUUAAUUAUACAAUGAAUCUCAAAAGACAAGAGGUUGAAAUAAUUUUGUAUGAUUUUGGCAACUGCAUGCGGUUGAAACAAGACAUGCACCAUGUCCUUCCUUGCCUUGUGGAGAAUAUGGAUAAUUGUAUUAGCUCAUGUCUUCUUGAUAAAUCAAGUGCCACCAUGACUGCGGAGCAGUUGGAUUUCCUCCUCCAGAAUCUCUAUCAUUUAUCCAAGUAUCGUGCUGAACAGGUUUUUCCUUUAGUGACUGAAUAUGAGAUUCUUCAGAAUGUAUGUGGCAAUAUAAGAGAUUUCCAUGGGUUGAUAGUGAAUGGUUGUGUUGGGCAUGAGAUUGUUGAACAUGUCCUACCUCAGUUUCAACUAAUGGCUCAGAGAGUAGGACGCUUCCAUUGGGAUGAUCAGAUUGAUGGAGCCUCUCGACUCUUCAAGCUAUCACAUCUACUCUUGGAGAUUAUUCCUAUUGAACUUGAGGUUAUGCACGUAUGUCAUACAAAUUUGAAAGCUUCAACAUCAGCAGAAGUUGGACGCUUCAUUAAGCAGCUCAUAGAAACCUCUCCGGACAUUUUUAGGGAAUAUCUGAUUCAUCUACAAGAGCACAUGUUUAUUACCGCUAGCACUUCAGGGGCUCAAAACAUUCAUGUCAUGAUCGAGUUCCUAUUAAUUAUUCUUACUGAUGCUACCACGAACUUUAUUCAUCAUGACAUAUUGUUUGAUUUUUUGGCGUGUGUCGGAAGGGAGGUAUCAACUCUUGUUCGCGUCUUAGAAGAGAAAUCCAGAAAUGAAGUGAGUACCGGUGGAAAAAAACAUGAGACUUUGGACUUAAUGGAAAAUAUUGAACUCCUAAAAAGAGAUCUCAAACAUGUUUACUUAAAAGCCCCAGACUCAUCUCAACUCUGCUUCCCCGUGAGUAAGGGAUCCCUCUGCAUGCAUCUUCUACUCAUACACUUAAAUGAUUUGCUUAAUUCCAAUGCUUAUUCAGUUGCUUUGAUAAAGAAAGAAAUUGCGCUGGUGAAAGAAGAUCUAGAAUUGAUAAGAUCUAUCUUCAUGAGUGUUGAACAAGAAUUGUAUAGAGAUCUUUGGGCACGUGUUUUAGAUCUAGCAUAUGAGGUAAAAGAUGUCAUUGAUUCAAUUAUUGUAAGAGACAAUGGUCUCUUACAUUUUAUUUUCUCACUUCCCUUUGCCAUAGAAAAAAUCAAGUUUAUCAAAGAAGAGAUCUUACUUGAGAAGAUUCCCAAAAACAGGAGCCUCAUUGUUGAAAAGUCUCCCAACAAGUCAGUUGAAAUCAAGUCAUCAUUAGCUGAGCAAAUAAUCGUAGGUUUUGAAGAGGAGACAAAUUGGAUAAUUAGGAAUCUCACCGGUGGAUCAAAAAUGCUAGAUGUCAUUUCGAUCACUGGUAUGCCGGGUUCGGGUAAAACUACUUUGGCAUACAAAGUGUAUAAUGAUAAGUCGGUUUCUAGUCAUUUCGACAUCCGUGCAUGGUGUACAGUCGAUCAAAAAUAUGAUGAGAAGAAGUUGUUGGAGAACAUUUUUAAUGAAGUUACUAGCUCAACUUCGAAAUUCAGUGAGAGUGUUGAUGUUGCUGAUGAGCUACGGAAAAAGCUAUUUGGGAAGAGGUACCUUAUUGUCUUAGAUGACUUGUGGGAUACUACAACAUGGGAUGAUUUAACAAGACCUUUUCCUCAAGAUGAUAAAGGAAGUAGAAUUAUUUUGACGACUCGAGAAAAGGAAGUGGCUUUGCAUGCACAACGCCACAGUGAUCCUCUUGACCUUCGAUUGCUAAGAUUGGAAGAAAGUUGGGAGUUAUUAGAGAAAAAGGUCUUUGGAAAAGAAAGUUGCCCUGAUGAACUAGUGGAUGUUGGAGAAGAAAUAGUCCAAAACUGUAAAGGGCUUCCUUUGGUGGUUGAUUUGAUUGCUGGAGUCAUUGCAGGGAAGGAAAAGAAAAAGAGUGUGUGGCAUGAAGUUCAAAAUAAUUUGAAGUCCUUCAUUUUUAACAAGAAAGUGGAAGUGAUGAGGGUUAUAGAAUUAAGUUAUGACUAUUUGCCUGAUUAUCUAAAGCCAUGCUUACUUUACCUUGCAAGUUAUCCAAAGGACGAAUCAAUUGGAAUUGAUGUUUUGAAAAUUGUAUGGCGUGCCGAAGGAUUUGUGGAACAGACAGAUAUGAAGAGUGUAGAAGAAGUGAUGGAUGUUUAUUUGGAUAAUUUAAUUUCCAGUAGCUUGGUUAUUUCUUUCAAUGAGAUAGGUAAACACCCGACUUGCCAAAUUCAUGAUCUUGUGCAUGACUUUUGUUUGAUAAAAGCAAGAGAGGAAAAGUUGUUUGACGAGAUAAGUUCAAGUGCUCCAUCAUCAUCUUCUUCAGAUCUGAUGCCACGUCAAAUGAGAAUUGAUUUCGAUAAGGAGCACUUUGGGCACAACAAUUUUGUCUUGUUCGAUUCAAAAAAGAAAAGGCAUUCUGGUAAGCACCUCUAUUCUUUGAAGAUAAAUGGACACAAGCUGGACAACCGUCUUUAUGAUAUAUGUCACCUAAGACACUUGAGGCUUCUUAAAGUGUUGAUCCUGGAUCGCUCCUUUAUCAAGGUGAAAGAUUCUUUGCUGAAUGAAAUAUGCAUGUUGGUUCAUUUGAGGUUCUUAAACAUUCAGACAGAAGUUAAAUCUCUGCCUUCGUCUUUUUCAAACCUCUGGAAUCUUGAAACUUUGUCUCUGGAUAACGGUAAUCAACCCAUGCUACUACUACCGACUAUUUGGAAUCUUUCAAAAUUACGAGUGCUGAACGUAUAUGCCGGUUCCUUCAUUAAUUUGGAUACAAAUGAACCAAUAUUGACAGUAGAGGACCCAAAGCUAGAGAACUUGACAAUAUUAGAGCUACUCGAGCUUUCCUAUUCGAAAGACACGGAGGAUAUUUUCAAAAGGUUUCCCAAUCUUCAAGAGCUUCGAUUUGAUCUCAAGGAAUCAUGGGAUUGUUCAACAGGGCGAUAUUGGUUCCCGAAAUUGGACUUCCUAAAUGAACUAGAAAUCAUCGCAGUAACUUUUCAAAGUUCAAACUCAAGUGAUAUCGCACCCUUCGAGUUUGAAAAUCGACUGUGGAAUUUUCACUUCCCUUCGAGUUUGAAAAAAUUGUCGUUGCGUCAGUUUCCUCUGACAUCCGAUUCACUGUCAACAAUAGCAAGACUGCCCAACCUUGAAGAGCUGAACCUUAUUAGCGUAAUCAUCGAUGGAGAAGAAUGGAACAUGGGGGAUGAAGACAGCUUCGAGAAUCUCAAAUGUUUGACGUUGCAGCGAGUGAUUCUUGCUAAGUGGGAAGUUGGAGAGGAAUCCUUUCCCGUGCUUGAGAAAUUACGACUGUGCGAAUGUUGUAAGCUUGAGGAGAUUCCGCCUAGUUUCGGGGAUAUUAGUUCAUUAAAAGUUAUCGAACUCCCAUGGAGCCCUCUACUGGAAGAUUCUGCUUUGGAGAUUAAGAAAUAUGUUGAAGAUAUGAUGGGAGAAGACAAGGUUCAGGUCAGGAAGCGCAUGUAAGGAAUACGAGAUACAAUUCCCUUUGCCAGUACAUCAGCUUUAGAUCGACGCUAAAGAUUGCAAAUCAAGAAACAUACAUGGGAUUGCUGACUCUCUGCUAUGAUGGGCAAGAAACAAAAGUGUUGGCAACCUCAAGGAAGAUAAUCAUGAAAUUCUAAUGCAACAAGAAAUGGGAUCUUUAGUGGCUGCACGUUCGAAGAGUUUUAAUAGGUGCUGCUGUUCAACGUUAGGCCUCAUUUGCAACAGUGGCAACUUUAAGGUGAUGCCUUAGUAGACAUUUGAAAUGAAUAACCUAUGAGGUGAACAUGAGAACAUCCCACGCGCACUGAUUGAAGCUCCAUGUUCAACUCUUCCCAGGGAACUAGUAGCCGGUUACUUUCCCAAGUCUCUGGGGAACGCACAAACUAUCAAUUUCAGGACGAUCUUUGAUUUCUUCAUACCAAAAUAUCAGCGUCAAUUUGUCAUCAGAUUUAUCAUCCCGUAGCAAAGGCCUCAUCCGGAUAAAUCCCAACUUGGGUGCGAUAAUUUGUGGUAAAAUUGUCAUCUUUGCUAUUUCCUUUGGCGAUUUUGUCAACUAUUCUUUAGGUGCACGCUAUGAUCAACUGAAUUCUUGCAUAUAUUGCAUUACAUAAAUACCUAUAUAUAUUAUUUUAUUUUCCUUUUUUUUC